AUGCCAGAAGGCGAAGGCGGUGUAUGUUAUACCCAAGGUCUAGCCGUGAAAGAGAACCAUCAGAUGUGUGAUGUUACCAAUCGCAAGAUUCUCGAUCAGUUGAAGGAACGGAAACCACAGGUGACCUUCUCUUGUAAGGAGGAAGAUGAAGGAGAUAAGAACUGUAAUUUUCAAUUCUGGGUCGACCAGGUUGAGUCGUUCUACUGCGCCCUCGAUAAGUGCGACUGGAGCAUGGAAGCCGAAUACGAUCGCAACACCACGAAUUACAAAUGCCAAGACGUCAAAUGUGAAUGCAUUCCUGAUAGAAUGCUCUGUGGUGAAAACGGCUCGAUAGAUAUUAGCGACUUUCUUACCGAAGAGAUCAAGGGUCCGGCUACCUUCAGCACGACUUCAUCCGGUGGCGGCAAGAACGAUGGCAGUACGUUCAAGGAACCUGCUAUGGACGACUUGAUCAAGAGCAUAUUUGGAGACGAGAGUAUUACAUUACAAUGCCACUCAGGUGAAUGUCUCUACAGGACCGACGUGCCUGGUUACCAGCGACCGGUGAAGCAGAUCAAUACUCCACUUAUUGCAGGUGUUAUUGCUGGAUGCUCUCUGUUCGUGGUCGCAGUCAUCCUAAUCAUAUGGUAUCUUUCCAGACGCGCCGCUUAUCGUGGGUACGGCGCUCUCCGACUGGAUGAUUCGGAUGACGAAGCCGACAAACUUCUUACUGAUCAGCGUGCGGCUGCUCUACUUUUCGACCGCGUAUCAUACAACCUGAAUGGGAAGCAAAUUCUGUCCGACAUUCAAGGUGUCGCGCAGCCUGGUGAAAUUACCGCUGUCAUGGGAGCCUCCGGCGCUGGCAAGAGUACAUUCUUGGACAUCCUGGCUCGGAAGAAUAAGCGCGGCGUGACACAAGGCGACUUUUAUAUUAAUGGAGAGAAAAUCAGCGAUGCGGAUUUCAAGAGCAUGAUUGGUUUUGUCGACCAGGAAGAUACUAUGCUUCCUACAUUGACUGUUCACGAGACUAUAUUGACUAGCGCCUUGUUGCGACUGCCUAAAGAUAUGAGCCGAUUUGCGAAGGAGCAACGAGUGACUGAAGUCGAAAAGCAACUGGGUAUUCAUCAUAUCAGAGAUCAGAUCAUUGGUUCCGAGGAAGGUAAUGGACGCGGUAUAUCCGGCGGAGAGAAGAGGAGAGUAGGAAUUGCCUGCGAACUGGUCACUAGCCCCAGUAUUCUCUUCCUUGAUGAACCCACAAGCGGUUUGGAUGCAUUUAACGCGUUCAAUGUUAUAGAAUGUCUGGUGACAUUGGCCAAAACAUACAACCGUACUGUCAUUUUCACAAUUCAUCAACCACGCUCUAACAUUGUUGCCCUGUUUGACCGAUUGAUACUUCUGGCUAAGGGUCGUACUGUGUACUCUGGUCCUUUCUCGUCGUGCCAGCGCUACUUUGAUCACAUCGGCUAUCCUUGCCCUCCUGGUUUCAACAUUGCCGACUUUCUGGUUGAUUUGACCAUGCAUGCUGGCGGCUCUCAGACACCAGUUGAAGACACUUUCCUUGAUGUACGAAGAGAUAACCUCAAGACAGCCUCAAGUAGUCUUCGUGCAGUCAAAUCAAUUGCUAGCGCGUCUAAUGUCAGCAUUGAAGAGACAAUCAGGAACACACAGGAAAACUCGGCCCGCCCAUCUACGAAACGACAACACUCAUUGAAGCAGCGUCAAGACAAGCAACUAUUCACGCGCCGUAAGACUGAUAUGGAAACUCCACCAACACCCAAAACGGAUGAAGAGGACACGGUUACAGACAACUCACAGUGGCUUCGACUGUCCUCUCGCAAUGGUGUGUCCCUUACUACGGAAGAUCCCGAUAACAUCCCACCACCCGCUUCAGGAACUAGCGACUUGGAUGCGCUUGUAGCUAGUUACGCCUCGUCAGAUGUGGCUAAUUCCGUGCAUGAGGAGAUUGUGACUGCGGUAGACCGCGCAAACGAUGCCAACGCUACACCAAAUGGAGAAGCUUUUGGCAACGUACCUAGCAAGGGUUACACCCGUAUCGGUCUACUACGACAAUUUGUUAUCUUGUCCAAUCGAACCUGGCGGAACCUAUACCGCAACCCAAUGUUGAUGUUGACGCACUACGCCAUCUCUAUCCUUCUGGCAGUUCUCUGUGGAUACCUGUUUUACGGACUUACCGACGAUAUCAAGGGUUUCCAGAAUCGUCUUGGAUUGUUCUUCUUCAUCCUUGCUCUUUUCGGAUUUAGUACCUUGACCAGUCUUACCGUAUUUUCAUCAGAACGACUGCUCUUUGUUCGUGAACGCGCCAACGGUUACUACUCGCCUCUUGCAUAUUUCAGCGCGAAAGUCAUUUUCGAUAUUGUGCCCCUGCGCCUUAUUCCCCCACUCAUAAUGGGUGUGAUUGUGUACCCCAUGACUGGACUGAUCCCAGCAUGGCCCGAAUUUUUGAGAUUCCUCCUCAUCCUGGUUCUUUUCAAUUUGGCCGCUGCCGGAAUCUGUCUCUUCAUUGGAAUUGUUUUCCGCGAUGGUGGUGUGGCCAAUUUGAUUGGAAGCUUGGUCAUGCUAUUCAGUCUGCUCUUUGCCGGUCUCCUACUGAACCAUGAUGCUAUUCCCCCUGCCGCUAUGUGGCUUCAGACUCUUUCCAUCUUCCACUACGGUUUCGAAGGCCUAAUUGUCAACGAAGUUACCUUCCUAACACUUAUCGACCACAAAUACGGACUCGACAUCGAAGUGCCCGGAGCCUCGAUCCUUAGUGCCUUUGGUUUUGAUACACUUGCGCUAUGGGGAGAUGUAGUUGGCCUGGGUAUUAUCUCUGCGAUAUUCAUCGUACUUGCCUAUGCGGCCAUGCAUUUCUUACUUGUAGAGAAGCGAUGA